UACACUGCUAAGUUUACGCCACAAAACAUAUCGGGUUCUGAGAAGUUCCAUUUGUGACGUCGCCAGUUGUUCGUAGCAACCAGGCGUUUUAAAAGAGUCCAGCAAAGGUCUGAAACUGUGCAUACACAUUUCAUUUGGAUCACCGACCAGCGGCUACGGAUGGCCGGGUGGUUAUUACGUACGAUUUACGGCGUCAGAUCAGGAACACAACAAACAUUUUAAUAAGUUAACUUGGCAUGAGAACGAGAUUAAUGAUUGAAUAGAUAUUUUCUGAAACAGACACACUCCAAGAUGCGUGGUCGUAGAGUCUUCACCACAAUCCCACCGCAAUUUGUGGCUUGCCAUUGAGUACGCUCAAGCGUACAACUGAAGACACACUUGACAGUGCGCGGAAGACUAACUUGGUAGAACAUCUGUCAACACUCAUCUUCCAACUAUGAACAGCACAUGUGAAUGUUUAAACACUUCAGCGGUGACAAGUGCAACAGACCCAAGCGUGGCCGCAAUCAACGCAGCUGCGGAAAUAUUAUAUUCCGUGUUUCCUUUAGUGUUUCUAGUUUUUGGAUCCGCGGGAAAUAUCUUGGCGUUUGUCGUUGUUCUACGGAAACCGCUUCGCCAUAGUUCUUCAACACUCUACCUGGCGGUUUUAGCCAUUGCCGAUUUGGGUACACUUUGGUUUGGCCUCUCUAGACACAUAUUGUUGGCUUUUUGGGACCUCGAUAUUCGAAAAAUACACUCAUCAAUCUGCAAAUUACAACCGUUUUUGCUGUAUUCCUGUCUUGACUAUUCAGCUUGGAUUUUAGCGGCAGUCACAGUAGAACGGUUCAUCUCCGUGCAUUUUCCACUAAGAGCCCACGUACUGUGUACUCGAAAGCGUGCCCGGUCUGUUGUGCUGAUCUUGGCCCUUCUGGUUAUGCUUAAAAACUUUCACGUUUUUAUCACUCGGGGAGACGAGUAUACAUUUGACGCCAAUGGCACCUCGAUUGACUUAAAAACUAGCUGCGGUUUUCCAUUAAAGGAACAUAGGUAUUUCUGGGUGAACAUUCUUCCCUGGAUUGUUUUCCUGUUUUACGCAGUUGGACCUUUCACCAUAAUACUCACCAUGAACAUUCUCAUUAUCAGGAAGGUGCUGAAAUCGCGUAAGGCCAGGAAGGGUCUCACCAUGCUCGUCCUUACUUCUGGCAGGAUGGCUAAUGGUGCAAACCAACGCACAAACGGCAGAGGCCAUAAUAAAGGUUUGGGAAACAGCGAGGCGACACAAACCACCGUUAUGCUGAUUACAGUGUCCCUGGCAUUCCUCCUACUGGCAACGCCGAGUUUUCUUCAUGGUAUACUGGGGCCUUACUGGAGGAAGCAGAUAACGAACCCACACGGGGAAGCAAUGUACAAUCUAGUUCGAGUCCUGGUUCUGUGUCUUAACUAUACAAACCACAGCAUUAACUUUAUAUUGUAUUGCAUCAGCGGGAAACGGUUUCGGACACAGGCGGUCAUUCUGUUGACCUGUGGCGCGAGACAGGAGAGACGGUCGAACGUCCAGUCUGGGACGGCAAACACCACGGCACGCAGAGGCCAAAAGAGACAAACCCUUGAAACACAGCUUACCUGUGUGAGUACCGUGACUUUAGACACUCCGCUUUGAUAACCAGGCGUUGUGACUGACAUUCAAUUAAUGCAGCGCCAGACUGACCAUUAUUUCGUUACCUGCAUACCUUAAAUUUGUAACGUUGAUGUAACUUCAGAUUUAAAUUCCCUUGAUUUGUGUAUACUAUAUGUCUUGCACACAUAAUGCAGAACUUGCAAAUGUGAAAAUGUACUCAGACAAUUGUAAAA